AUGCAGCCCCUGGUCGUGGGCACGCUGCUCACCCACCUGGGGGACACGCCUCAGCCUGGCCCUGAGGACAGCCUGAGGCAGGGCCCCUUCUCCCAUGGGGCCCCUGGGAGAGCAGCCGACUGGGAGGCUGGGGCCAAGCCCAGGUUCCGUGCACCUGCAGCCAAGGAUGACAUGGCGGCUCUGAGGUGGCCCGGGCCCUCCUGGCAGCUGGACCCGCCCUGGGCAGCUGCCCAUAUGGUUGGGUCUGAUGACCUCAAGGAGCCAGGCCCCCAGGGGAAGGCCCACAGCCUGCCCGUGUGGUCCGCAGGCCCGGACGCCCAGGAUGGGGACAGCUCGGUGUCAUCGGGCCGGCUCUCGGGCUCCUCGGGGGGCCACAAGGGGCAUGUGUCCUGGAAGGAGAGGCCACCCCAGGUGUUGGGGCCCCGGCGGCAGCCCAGAAAGAGUGACCCUCGGCUGGAGCAGCUGAGGGACAGGAUCCGGGCCCAGGCACGGUGGCAGGGGAGCUGCGCGUCCCUGGGUGCCUCAGACCCCUCCAGCCCCCACAAAGUCCCCGCGCUGGCACUUGCGAGGAAGACCCAAGAGACGACAAACCCCCCUCCAGCCUCUGAAUGCUCAGUUCUAAGGGAAAAAGCCAAAAGGAUCAGAAGCAGUUCCUGCAAAAGAGAGAAGACCCCCAAGUCGCCCUCCCCUAGAAGAGUGGCCAAAGACAAAGAUGAAGAUUCGGAGCUGGCUGGUGUGUACGCCUGGAGGAAGGGACAAGCUCUAGUGAGGUCGCUGCUUGGGCCCCCUCCCGCCCUCCGCGGGUUCCAGAGCAAGGCCCCCUGCCGAGACCCGGCUCUCACCUCGGACUUAGGAAGCAGCAGGAAAGUCACAGCUACCAAGCGCUCGCCUGUCUGCGCUCGGUGGCCCAGUGCCACCUCCGCCCACAGUGACCAGCGGGUGUCUGGGAACACACCCAGCCUGGCUUCCUUUGACCAGCCGGCGACCAUCCAGACGGCCAUGGCCAUCCUACGAGACCUGCGCCAGCAAAUCCAGGCUGGGCUGGAGCUGGCCCAGAGCCGGGAGGGAGGCCGAGAGCUCGGGCCGUCAAAGCGGAGGCUGUGGGACGAGGCAGGGACCCCGUCCACCCGCCCUCAGCCGCCUACUCCCCGCAGGACCCCGGGGGCACACAGCUCCUUCUCUAAGAGUCCCUGGGCUGGGAAGGAAGGGAAGCGUUCCUCUUUAGAGAUGGCUAGGAGUUUCCACUCCCGGCAGCCCGGGAGCUUCUCCACUGAAUGGGAGUCCUGCCCGCAGGGGGCCUGGGGGGCCCCAAAACAGGACCGCCCCUUCCAGAGGCCAGAGAGUCCCCGUGAGAGGUUGGGCCGCUUCUCCCGGCGGCCCUGGAGUACGUUGGCAGGGCAGGCCUGCGGUCCACGGAGGGCCUGGGGGGCCCAAAGACAGGGCCCAGCCUCCCAGAGGCCCGGGAGCCCCCCUGAAAAGCUGAGCCCCUCCCCCCGGCAGCCCUGGAGUGCUAUGGCCACGCAGCCCUGUCCUCGGAGGGCCUGGACUGCUUGUGAAGACCAGGAGGCCCCACUCCCCAGUCCAUGGAACCCUCUGGAAAGGCCUGGUCCUCCAGCCCAGCGCCCCUGGAGCAGCUCCUGCGUGCAGAGGGCCAGCCCCCGGGCCCAGGGCAGAGGCAUUGGCUCCUCUGCCUCAGGUGCCAAGCAUGCCAUGCCAAGGCCCACCGGGAGCUUCCCUCAGAGCUCACCUGGGAAGGAGAAGGACGCGCCACGGCCCUGCCCCAGGCCCCGAGGGCUCCCGGGACACAGCCCCGAGUCCCUGCGGGAGUUCAUGCGCCAGAAGGCACAGGCUCGGCGGCAGCAGGCCCUGGAGGAGAAGGCGGCGGCCCUGCGCGCACGGGAGCUGAGGAGCCAGAGGCUGCAGGAGGUCUACAGGCGGCAGAGGGAGGCCGUCCUCGGCACCGCAGGCCCCGUGGUCUCCCGGACCACCCCUGGCAUCGUGACCUUUGUCCCCAGUUCCGCACAGUCUGGGGAUCUGGAAGCCUCCGGGAGCCUGGAGUCACCCGUGCUGGAGUGGAGCAAGGUGACCUCUGGCGUGGUGCUGGGGGGCCAGGAAGCCCCAGGCAGCUUCUGCCUGUGUUUGAACAGAGCCUGGAACCGUGCUGAGACCCUACAGCCCACAGGGACGGGGGGCCCCCAAGAUGGCUGGGGUGCCCCCACACUGCUGUUAGCCUCACCCUCACUGGGAUCCCUGGAGCCCCAGGACCUGACUGCUCACUACCUACCCCGGGAGCUGUGCAUCUACCUGGACCCGAAGGAAGCCGAGCAUCUGGGCACUUCCAGCCCCCUGCAACUCCAGCAUAAGCAGGCGCGGCUGCAGGCACUAGAGACCACGGCCAGAGUCCUCAAGCAGAGGGUCGACAGCCUCACCGCCAAGCUGCAGGGUGCCGAGGCACCGGACACCGUCGGGGACCCAGCCUUGGGCCUGCCACGCUCGAGGCCCUGCACCCUGCCUGCCAACCCCACGCUUGCCACCCCAGCCUGCCCUGGAGGCUUGAGGCCCAACGAGGGCAGAGGGGCACCCAGGGACUGGGCCAGUGUGCAGCCCCAGCCCCUUCUCCCCGCCACCUGCUUCCUGGAUGGCGAAACACUGCCAUGGGGCCCCAGCUGGGAGCAACAGCAGAGCGUGAGCCCGAGGGCCCACCAUGAGAGCAAGCCCCGAGGUUUCCCAGAGGAGGGACUUGUGGAUGUGAAACCGGACAAAAGGCUGGAAAAAGGCAUGGCCCCCUUCCAGACCCUCGGCACCUCUGCAGGGAGCUCACACACGGACCCGAUCUGGGGCUCCCUGCAACUGGAGGAGAUGCCGGCAGCCGGAGGGGCAGACUCCGUGGCGCCCUGGACCCCCCGGAGCUGCGGUCAGCAGGAGGACACGUGCGUGAGACGCCUUCCCAGCACCCAGCAAAAGACCUCCAGCUUUCUGGAUUCUUUCCAGCUGGAGCGGCAGAAGCAGGCGCUGGCCCUACUGCGGCAGCGGGCCGAGCUGGAGGCCUGGGAGACGCAGCAGGCCCUGGACAGGCUGCUCUUCAGGAGUCGGCUGGAGCAGCUGAUGGAGAGACACUCAACCCAGGCCAGGUCAGAGAAGGUGUCGAAGCUGGAGCAGCCUCAGAUUUUUGAGGACAGAGAGCAGACCACAGCCUCUCAGAGCACAGUAAUGGCCACACCCAGGUCACACCCACCUCUGGAGACAGACGCUGCCACAUCCUCCCAGGGUCCCAAGGACAGAUCAGCCUCUGCAGAGGUGGGGGGCCCUGACGGAACCCUAUCCCAGCUGUCCCUGGCCAAGCUCGUCCCUCCGGAUACCCCCGCCCACCAGACGUGGGAGCGGAGCCUGCGGGAGGAGGAGCUGCGAGCGCAGCACCAGGCGGCGCUGCUGCGCCUGCGCGAGACGGCGCUCCGGGAGAGAACGCUCGCCGAGCUGGCCUCGCUGGAGCAUCGGCGAGGGUGCCUGGACAGCAAGAGGGACGGAGCCCUGCUGGCCGUGCUGGCGGAGAAGCAGCAGCAAGCCCUCAGCAGAUUCGAGAAGGAGCAGAGGGAAAUCCGAUACCUGUGGCACACGCACCUGCUCAGGCACCGGGACAGGACGCGGCUCCUGCAGCAGCAGAGGGACGUCUCCACGCCGAGGCCUGCGGAUGUCCCCCCCACGCCGAGGCCCGAGGACGCCCUCCCCUUCCUCGAGCUGCAGGCCCAGGCCAAGCUGCCGCAGGGUCCCGGCCCCAAAGUCAAGGCCACCUGGGAGGAAAGCUUAGAGACAAGCCUGAGGCUGGAGCCCUCCCCAUGUUCCCUGAUACCACACAGGCCCAGCAGCCCUGCCGGCUGCCACCCACAGAGCAGCCCUUCGAGCUCAAAGGACACACACCCUCCCGGAGAGCAACCCCAGGAUGUGAUGGUGCCCCAGAUAGCCUCCCACACGGACGGUCACCAGCAGCCUCCGAGUUCGGCGUGGGGAGAGGACACACUGGACCCCCGGGGCCCGCUGGUGGGGAAUGGCAGCCACAUCAGCCAAGAACCUGGGGAGCAGCCUCGGGUCCCUCUGUCGGGUCUGCAACACGAGAGCCCCCCUGACAGAUGGCAGCUGGGCCCAGCCUUUCCCGGCCCUGUGCCACGUCCACACCCCUGUCUCACCAUGGAGGCCGAGGAGGCGGAGGGGUGCCUUCCCACAGCUCAGCGCAGGCCGUGGGAGGCGAAGGAGCCGCCGCCAGGAGACCCUCAGACCAAGCCCAGCCCUUCCUUAGCAGGGAAGCCCCUGGCUCCGACAGACAGCCAUGGGGAGAGCUUCAGGGAAUGCAGCCGUCGCUCCGGGGACAGAGAGGGUCCUUGUGGCCCCCAGGAAGCCAGUCAGGUGGCUGAGGGCAGCAUGAGCCAAGAAGGCUGGGAACUGGCUCAGGAUUUUGCUGAGAGCCCCGUGGAGGAGUCCCAGGAAACCGAGAGCUGGCGAUCGGGGGAGCAGAGGACAGAGGCCUGUCAGCGGGAGGUCCCCGGCAUCUCCGUCAGGCUGGAAGCUGCCCAGGCAGCUGUCUCCCCAGCUCCUGUGGCUCCUGAGGAGGCGGCGCCCCCCAUCCUGCUCCCAGGCAGUCCCCUGCUCCCCGCCUUCUCCUCCUGGGCACCGGGCUCUGAAUCUGCUUCCGGAACCUGCCGUGGGCCUUCAGAAGAAGCCACAGAGUCAUCCUACACCUCCCCAGCAGCCUCUGUGAGGCACCUGUCCUGUCCCUUUCUCUGGGAGUUCCAGAAAGCAGCGGCCACCUUGAUCCAGCUUUCUGACAGCUCCAGCUCUCUUUCACAGGACACAUCACCUGGGGAGACAGGUUUGGAAGCUGAAGACUCCCCAGAGGAAGGUAUCAGCUGGCCUGGGGAGCUCUCUCCCCAACGCUCCUUGGAGGAAGCUGGGUCGCCUUUGUCCUGGGCGACAGACCGGGGUGAGCUUUGGCCCGGCAGCAUUCCUGGGGGUGGAGGACUGCUGACCUGGCAGAGGCCUCGAGGCAGUCGGGCCCGACCCCUGCAGGGCUGCUUCGUGGACACGGCCAUGGCAGGAGAUUCAGAGCCUGAGCAACACCCGGAGGUGGGCCAGCUGCUGCCUUUCCCAGAUGUCCCCUCUCCAAGGUCAGGGUCAGAACUGUCAGAGGCCUCCAGCAAAGUCUGGGGCAAGGACAGCGAGGAGGACCUGCUGGAACCGUGUCCCGAUGCCGACCUGGCCUCAGUGAGCUUCCUGCCUGCAGGUGGCUCAUCAGACCCCAAAAGCGGCAUGGAGCCCCAGAUGGCUCUUCCCUCCACACAGCCCUGGAAGGUGCAGGAAGCUUCUGGGACCGGCAAGAGCCUGACAGGGGUGGCGGACACAGGAGAAGCUCAGCAGGCACCCCCGGAGGCUGCCCGUGUGGUGUUCCCACCCCAAAUCCCUUCCCCUGGUGACUCAGACUCACUGCCGGCCUUUCCUUUGGGGACCUCUGAGGGGGAAGGGGCGGAUUUGGGCAGAGGAGGAGAGACUUCCAGUCUGUCCACCAAGAGCAAACCCCUGCACCUCACGCCAGAGCCCAAGACCUUGGUGACCCUGCAGGCUCCUCCUGGGGACCCUGGCAGGCUGGCACCCCCAGCAGCUGAGAGCCGGGCACCUGGGCCUGGCGGGAACGGAGCCCCCGCUGUCCUGGAAGAAGCCUGUCCCCGACUUGCCCGCGGCAUCCUGACUGAGAUCCGGUCUCCCGUGGACGAGGUGCUGUCCUACGGCAGUGCCGACCUCCCGUCCUCCAUCCAUAGGGAGGCCCCGCUGCCCCCACCCCUUCCCACCCCCCACGCACAGAGUGACGCCGAAGACACUACUACCCCAGGCUCGGAUACCUUCCCUUCCCCGCCCCUGGGGCCCCUUGGGGAGGACACGGCUGUCACCACCCAGGACUUAUCCUCCUUGUCUGAGGAGAGUCUGCUGGAGGCCCUGUUCCCCGGGCCCCAGGAGUCCGAGGCACCCCAGAAGUUGGGGCUCUGCCCAGGAGCAGCUAGACCAGGUGGAAGCCUUGAGGACCAGUUGGGAAGGUCUAGUUCUGUAGCAGAGGAUGAGGCCGGAGGCAGCCAGUGGCCUGAACCUGUCAGCUGGCCAGGGUCUUCCUCGAGCGCAGGGUCAGGCAGAGGCCCUGGAGGGCUCCCAGAGCCACCAGUGCAGCCCACAGCUCCAUCCAGAGUGGCCUCUGUGGCCAGGGAGGGUCUGUCAGGGCUGCUGGCCACUGGCGACACAGACGUGAUGCUCCUCAGUUCCUCGGGGGAGCAGAAUCCUGCUUUGGACACAGGGUUCUGGGCUGAUGAGGAUGUCUCUGGCAGUCGGGGAGAGCCCUGGGAGGGAGUGCAGAGCUUUGGGUGUGCAGGGAGCCGGGGAGGGUCGGGGCAGCUCUCUGUGGGUCUGGAUGAGCUCCUAGACACUGCUUCAUCUGCUGUGGGGUCCCUGGGCAGCCAAGCCUGCUUGGCAGAGACCCUCACCAGGGGCCGAGACCCCAAAGAAAUGCUGGGUAAGAGCAGGAAGGCAGCCACACCCACACAGGCAGCCAUGCCGUUCCCCCAGCCAGCAGUUCCAGCAGCCUCUCCCCCAGGCCAAGUGCCCUUGGCCGCCCAAGGACAGGCUGGGUCCCUUUAGCUGCUGGCGAGGACAUUGAGGGAGGCCUGAGCUGUCAGCUAGAGGACUUGCUUGGGCCCAAGGGCUCACUAGGCAGAGAGCCGCUCCUAGAGACAGGUUCAGGCUGCCCUGCCCAUCUCCCAGGUGGGGCGAGAGACCAGGUGGUGGACUUGGUCUCCACGAAGCUCACCAGGAGGGUCCUACUCGAGUCCUUAGCAGCUCUCUCCACACUGGCCCCCCAGGGGAGCCCCUAGGGAGUGUUUUCUGGAAAUACAGAGAUGCACAGGCGUCUUUAA